GGCUGACAAGCAGGGCGGGACUUGCUCACUCCAGCCCGGUGGGCGGGCUCAGACUAAGUUUCACUUCCCGCCACUGCUGCCAGCAGCGAGAACCAGCCAGUGUGCACUCCAGUCAUUGCUGCUUGCCUGCCUGCCGCUUGCUCAGCAGUAGACACCCACAUGGCCUCGCAGGCCCUGCCCCAGGGGCCCAUGCAGACCCUCAUCUUCUUGGACCUGGAGGCCACUGGACUUCCCUUCUCCCAGCCCAAGAUCACGGAGCUGUGCCUGCUGGCUGUCCACAGAUGUGCCCUGGAGAGCCCUCCCAGCCCUCAGGGGCCUCCUCCCAUGGUGCCCCCACCACCCCGCGUGGUGGACAAGCUCUCCCUCUGUGUGGCCCCAGGGAAGGCCUGUAGCCCCGCAGCCAGCGAGAUCACAGGCCUGAGCACAGCUGUGCUGGCAGCGCACCGGCGUCAACACUUCAAUGCAGACCUGGUCAACCUGCUCCGCGCCUUCCUGCAGCGCCAGCCACAGCCCUGGUGCCUCGUGGCACACAACGGUGACCGCUACGACUUCCCCCUGCUGCAGGCGGAGUUGGCCAUGCUGGGCCUCUCCAGGGCUCUGGACGACGUCUUCUGUGUGGACAGCAUCGCCGCCCUGAAGGCCGUAGAGCAGACUGGCAGCACCCCCGAGCAUGGCCCGAGGAGGAGCUACAGCCUGGGCAGCAUCUACACACGCCUGUACGGGCAGGUCCCACUGGACUCGCACACGGCCGAGGGCGACGUCCUAGCCCUGCUCAGCAUCUGUCAGUGGAGGCCGCGCGCCCUGCUGCAGUGGGUGGACGCUCACGCCAGGCCCUUCAGCACCGUCAAGCCAAUGUACGGGGUCACAGCCUUUACUGGAACCCACUCAAGGCCACCUGCUGCCACAGCCACUACCCUUCUGGCCAGAGGCGGAGACUCCAUUCCCAACCUCGGGGGGAGCAGGAGGCCCAAGGUCCUACCUACAGCGAAGGGCCCUGAAGCCGCACCCAGGGAGGGCCUGCUGGCCCCACUGGGCCUGCUGGCCUUCCUCAGCGUGGCAAUAGCCACCCUGUACGGGCUGUCCCUGGCCACACCUGGGCAAUAGGACGAGAAAGAACGUCUGAUGAAUAAAGACCCCG